AUGGUUACGAUCGAGCCCCACAGUGAAGCCCACGGUUUGAACCUGGUGGCGCACAUUUCCCAGCGAGGUCUCCAUGGGGAGGUUUCCUUUUCGCAGCACAAUGACCGUCAAGUGCUUAUUACAUCCGAGCUGGAGACGACGCUGCAGUACCCUGAACAAGCCUGGAGCUGGGGAGUUUAUCAGCUACCGGUUGACUACACGAUCGUCGAUCCUCAGGAACGAUGCCAGAUCGCACGGCUCGGUGAGCAACUCUGGUCGUUCGACGACGAUCUUGGCUAUCUGAUGCUGCCUGGCAAUGAAUCAACGACCUGGCUGAAUGAUAUCGCACUCACCGGUGAGAAGGGCUUGUGGGGUAAAUCGCUAGUGUUAUUCGAUGCUGGCGCGAACGUGCGUAUUUGUGCCACCAUUGUGACCCGUGAUGGCUCACAAGAUCACUUGGCGGAAGCUCGAUUCAACAGCCCCAUCACCGGUUCGGUGUAUUUCCGGUGGUUGGCGGCGAAGGAGUCAAAUCACUCCGACACGCUGAUACACGCCAACCUGUUUCACGUGCGUGAGCAAUCGCGCAAGAUGGGCAACCCGUCGUACACGGAGCACAUGUGGAAGAUCUACGUGACGGACAUCUUCGAGAGUGACGCACAAAAUGCGGAAGAAAACUGCAACAAGCUGCAGCUGGUUUUUGAUCCACAGAAUCGAGGUGCUGGAAGCGCGAUUGGAGACAUCGAUGGGCGUGUUGGAGCACUACGUAUUAGUACGUACGCGAAACAAGCGCAGUAUCCACAGUUGUUCAACGAUCGUGAGCUAGUGCUGCUGCCCAGCGAUCUGUACGGACCGUCACGCAAGCUGUACGUCGUCGUGUUCGAUCCUAGCCAUCCGGAUACGUUUUUAGCCUGCGCCAAGAUUCGUCACCAGAAGGCAAAGACAGCACGUACCCUUGUUGAUGGUGGUGGUAUGCGUGGUGAGGUCAAAGACGAACACUGGACCGAUACGGCCGUCAUAUUCGAGUAUCUCAUCCAUGCGGAUGGAUCUACGGUUAACAAUACGGCCGAUCAUCGAUGGGCCAUAACGGACGAACCGCCCGGGAAGGACUUCUAUGACUGGCAAAAUCGCUGCGUUAGCACGGGAGGAGUUUACAAUCCUUUCAAGGCAGCGCCACUCAUGGGAAAACCCUGGGAAGAGGUGUGUUCAUCAUCUUCGGCUGAGCUUUGUCGAGUGGGAGAUCUUUCUAACCGGCUUGGAGCGUUGGAGAUUGCAGGAAAUAAGCGCGAAGCAAGACGCGUCAGUCGGAGAAUGUUCAUCGAUCAGAAUCUACCACUAAGUGGGCACGCCAGCAUUGUCGGACGAUCCGUGGUGAUCUUUGACGACAACGGACCUAAGGCGCGUGGUGAGCGUUUGGCUUGCUCCAUUGUUGGAGGUUAUCAUCGUCGAAAAGUGGUCGCCAGGGACUGGUACUCGAACGGGGACCCGCUGACCAUCAAAGGAAAGCUCGAGAUAGUGCAGCAGUCGGAGUACGAUCACACGAACGUGGAGGUUGACUUUAAAGGGCUUGACAAAAACAGCGGCUACCACGUGCAUGUUGCUCCAGUAGAAGGUGAUUUGGAGUUUCCGUGCGAAGAUUCCACAGUGUACGGGCAUUGGAACCCCAGAAAUAUCGACAUCAAACGGUCGCCUGCUCCAGCAACGGGUAGCACUGAUGAGUACGAGCUUGGAGAUUUGAGCGGAAAAUUUGGAACGCUCGAUGAAGCGACGAUGUACGAGCACUCGUAUAAUGACACGCGGCUGCCGUUGUUUGGCUACGAGAGUAUCAUCGGACGAUCGAUUGUAGUACACAAAAAGGAGAAAAAUCGCCGGUGGGCCUGCAGUACUCUGGAACGAGGAUACAGUCCAAACGAAGCCCGCGAGAUACGAGCCAUCGCGUCAUUCCAUCAUCCUGCGGGAUACGCCUACGGUUACAUUCGACUGACGCAGCUCAUUGGGAACGAUAACAGCCAGAGUGACACCAUCAUCGAGGUGAAGUUACGGUAUCCUGGCAAGCACGAUCGGAAUGUGACGCACAACCAUGGCUGGAAUAUCUGGGUUAACCCGGUGGGUGUUGAUGCGACCGUUAAACAGGUUGAGACGCGCUGUGUGGCCGCUGGUUACGUGUGGAACCCCUAUUACACUCAACUGGCAGAUCCAUUGAACGUGAGUAAACCAUCGGGAUGA